CGCAUGCAUGGUGAUGGAUCGAAGUAACUUUUCCACGCCUGCUACUCGGUUCUUUGUCUUCGUCUUUGUCUUGUGCCCAGAUUGACUCUUCACACCUUUUAUACGCUCACACUUCAACAAUGGCAAGUGAAUUCCAGGAUAAGGUCGUCCUUAUAACCGGAGGAGCAAGUGGUAUAGGGCGCGCAACAGCCCUCAAACUCUCUUCGCUCGGCGCCAAACUCUCUAUCUGCGACCUCAACGAGUCCUCCCUCUCAAGUCUCACCCCCGAGACAGAAACGCAAACCUACACACAAGCCGUCGACGUCGGCAACACACAACAAGUUAACGACUUCGUCUCCAACACUGUAGAACAGCUGGGCAAGAUCGAUUAUGUCUUCAACUGCGCCGGCGUAAACCCCACCUCGAUCCCGCUCGAAGACACACCCGAUGCAUACUGGGACAGGCUGGUCAACACAAACCUCAAGGGCGUCUUCCUCGUGACACGGGCUUGCCUGCCCCAUCUCUCGCGCGGCAGCGCAAUAGUGAACGUGAGCAGCAUAAGCGGGCUGCGCGGCUGCGCGCAGCAGAGCGUCUACUGCACGACCAAAUUCGGGCUCAUCGGCAUGUCCAAGAGUCUCGCGCUCGAGCUCGGGCCCAGGGGUAUACGCGUCAACUGCGUGGCGCCGGGGUACAUUGACACGCCGACGAACGCGGGGAUCGUCAAGGGCGGAGAGGCGGUGGAGCGGAUGCGGACGGGGAAUGCGCUUGAGCGGCUCGGUACGCCGGAGGAGGUGGCGGAUGUUGUUGCGUUCUUGAUGGGCGAGGGGGCGCGGUACAUGAAUGGGAGUGUGGUGGAAAUUGACGGGGGGCUGAAGAUGAGUAACGAAGAGAGCUGACGGGCGUAGGAAAAUGAUGUACUGGCCCUGAGCAUUGGCCUGUGGAUGGUAGAGGGAAGUACAGGCGG